AUGGAUUCAAUACAACUGGUCAUGAAUAUGGAUACGAUAGCAAGUUUUGCACCGAUACAUAAACCCAAACACUUUCUUCCUUCUUGGACUAAUUUCUUUCCAGCAUGCAAACUUUCUCGCUUUCCCCUUAUAUCAUUUCCUGGUAAGCCUUCAAAGCUUGUUCGUUUAAAGGCCAACACGAUCACUGCUCCAAAAUGCGUUGAUCAAGAAAGUAAUCGCACGUUUCAUAAGGUUCCACCUUCUCAGUGGGACUGGGGCCAGCACUUCCUCUCUGUUCAUGUUGACGUUACGGAAAUGGAUGCGCUUAGGAUAGAGAUCGAGGAGUUAAAGCCAAUAGUGAGAGGCAUGCUCAUGUCUUCCCAAAGCGUUGACUCGACUAAGAAGAGAGUAUGUUUGAUCUACUUACUGGUAAGCCUUGGUCUCAUGUAUCUUUUUGAGGAUGAGAUCGAGAAGAGUCUACAAGAGAACUUUGAGAAGAUAGAGGAUGUGUUGGCCGGCGAAAACGAUUGUCCACGAUUUCCAACAUCUUUUGGGUUUUCAGAACAUACGGUUACAAAAUGUCUUCUGGUGUUUACCAGAUUUAAAGGAGAAGACGGAAAGUUUAAGGAAUGUUUGGUCGAGGAUGUCAAGGGAAUGGUGAGCUUCUAUGAAGCCGCUCACUUGGGGACAACAACAGAAGAUAUUAUGGACGAAGCAUUGAGCUUCACGACGAGCAAGUUAGAGUCCUUAGCUAAAUAUGGAGAUGGCUUUUCUCAUAUAACAGCUCGUAUAAAAAAUGCUCUUUGCAUGCCUCAGCAUUUCAACAAUGAAAUGGUAUUCACGAGGGAAUACAUUACAUUCUACGAGAAUGAAGAAGAUCACAACAAGAUGCUACUCAGAUUUGCUAAGAUCAACUUCAGGUUCUUGCAGCAAAACUGGAUUCAAGAACUCACAACUCUCGGCAGAUGGUGGAAGCAGCAAGAUUAUGCAUCUAAACUUCCACCUUACUUCAGAGACAGAUUGACCGAGUGCUACUUAUAUUCAUUGCUGACAUAUUUUGAGCCACGAUUUUCACGUGGGAGGGCUGCGAUUCUUAAUAUCAGCACGCUCGUCACCCUGAUUGACGACACAUGUGAUAGAUAUGCACCUCUUUCCGAUAUCGCAGAUCUUGUUGCUUGCGUGGAAAGGUGGGAUCCGGAUAACUUGGACUGUUUACCGGAUUAUAUGAAAAUCGUCUUCAAGGCUGCAUGGGAUAUUUUGGAGAAGUGUGAAAGCGAGGGCAAAUCUGAAGAAGGAUCUUCUUUUGAUGUGCAAGGUUUACUUGGAGAGCUGAAGAUAUACUUAAGAGCCAACCUACGGUUCGCUGAAUGGGCACAAACAGAUUUGGUGCCUACAACAUUAGAUGAAUACUUUGAGAUUGGUGGAACCGAAGUGACAAUGCAUAUAUCCGUAGGAGGCACGUUUCUAGCGUUGGGAAAAACGGAUAGGGACAAAGCUUAUGAGUGGCUAAAGUCGAGACCUAAAUACAUUCAGGCUCAAGCUAAAAGGGGUCGUCUGAUGAAUGACAUAACCGGCUUCUACGAUGAUAUGAGCAGAGGGUAUAAACCAAAUGCUGUAAAUUAUUACAUGAAGCAGUACAAUGUCACCGAGGAUGAAGCGUUGGCGGAUCUUCAUAUGAUGGUUAGGGAGUUGGAUAAGACCGUGAACGAGGAGUUCUUGAAGACAGCCAAGAAAAUGCCGAGAAAAAUACUAAGAGGACCAAUUGGUUUCGGAAAUACGGUAGUUUUUAGCUACAGGUUCGGUGAAGAAUUCACUUUUCCCGAGAGAUUCAAGGAGCAUAUCACCUCUUUGUUCGUCAAUCUCAUUCCUCUUUGA